AUUUAAUUGAAAUUAUCUGCUCUUUAAAGGCAGGUAGACCAAAAAACUUUGCUGAAAAUCACUGGAGUCCAAUCACAUUAAUUUUAUUUGCAUAUAUGCACACCCAAUACCAUAUUAUAAAUUCCCAGUACAAUGUUAUCUUCUCACAAGCAAGCCUCUCCACACCUCCAACAUAUCAGCAACUGAUUCCCAGUUGAUAAAAUAAAGAAGAAAAAAAGGUAGUUAAAAAAUGAAGUUGUUGACAAUGGCAACUAUCCUACCCGCCCUCCUCCUCCUCCUCACCACCAUGCUUGAAACAACGACUGCGGAUCAAGAUCCACCAUCGGACCUUUCGGCCUUCUGCAAGGGGAAGUGUGAUGUUCGAUGCUCGCUAGCCAGCCGGAAAGACCGGUGCCUCAAGUACUGUGGGAUAUGUUGCACAAAGUGCAACUGUGUGCCGUCAGGGACUUUUGGGAACAAGGAUGAGUGCCCUUGUUAUAGGGACUUGAAGAACUCUAAGGGUGAAUCUAAGUGCCCUUAAGUUGCACGCGUUUGAAUUUUGAUUACAUAGUCUUAGGGUGUGGGAUGGGAAGUUGAAUUGCCAGCAAGAACAUAUAUAUCACAUGCUUUAUUUCUGUAAUUUAUUGAGUAUGAUAAUACA